AUGGCGUCGGAAGGAUCAGCUGCUCUGGCCGUGUCAGUGGGAGCGAGGAAGGUUCUUCCAGAGGACGUGUUGCUGGUGGCCGUGCACGGCGCUAGGGUUGACCUACACCCGGCAUCCCUCGACAAGGCAUGUCCAGUACCCAGUACCCCAUCCCGCGGCGGAGACAAGGCCUUUGCAGUCAGUGAUGGAGCUGGCGAGACCGUUGCCGAAUCCUCCCGUUCGGAGACCGCAGCCCGCGCCACUAUCUUCGCGAGGGUCGUGUCUCUCAUGAACGGCCGUUCCGGCUUGCGGCCGGAGGUGCUGACGCUCCUGUGCGACAUGCUCAACAACGGGGUUACGCCCCUGCUCCCGAAGGACGGGGGCGAAGGUCCUUCCUUAGCCAGAGCGGUGCUCGGAGCGGGAUCGUGCUUGUUCAAGGGAGAAGUAAGGCCAUUGUUGGAGGUGCUCUCGAGCUGCGAGCUGUCCCCGCUUUCGACGUUGACCGGCCGCGAAGGAAGCACGUUGGAGCUAGGCCGCUUUGAUCAGAUCGGCACGGCCGCCGUGGCUGCUGCGGCCGCCUCCAAUGCUAUCGAGAUUGCAGACGGCGUUGCGGCCCUCACCUGCGAGGCAACCCGUGCCAACACCGCCCCCUUCGACGCCCUCAACUUCGAUGUCCGGCCUCACCGGGGACAGAUCGCUUGCGCCGAUAGGCUGCGGCUCAUGCUCGACGGCUCCAAGUCCGCCAACUCUACAAAGGGUGACAGUACAGUGGACCCUGAGGCGAUAAGCACCAUCCCGCAGUACCACGGUCCAGCCCGAGACGCUAUCGCUGCAGCCGGCAGGUCCAUCAUGACUGAGUUCAAUGGUUCGGAUGCUGGGCCCCUCGGCGUUGGUGACGGUUGUGUUCAGCCUCGCGAUGGGAAGCAGACCGAGCUAACUGCGACCUUCUUGACGGAGGCGGUCAGGGUCUUGACCAGCGGGUGCAGGGAGCGGUCGCAGGCGCUGCAAGGAAGCGCGAACGGCGCUAGCAGCUGCGGCGGCGGGGGUGAUGUUUUCGGGGUGGAGGGCGUGCUGCGGGAGCUGCAGUCAGCUCUUGCCGAAGAGAUGGCGUUGUCGGUGGCGGUGUUGCGGCAGGAAGAAGAGAAGGCGGCUGCGGCUGCAGGGGUGUCGAGCAAACCCGCCAAAGGUGGAGGAAACCAGCCGCCGCAGUCAGGCGCCCCCGGCGGUGGAGUCGACACGGCCGGAAUGUCCGCCGCACAAAUCGCCAAGAUCGAGGCCAAGCGUGCGGCCAAGGCGGCGAAAGCGGCGGCCAAGGGCGCCGCGAAGAAGGAGAAGAAGAAGGCCGCCGGGCUCGGGGUGGGGUGUGCGGAGCUGAAGCAGCGGGUGGCGCCCGCUGGGGCCGCCGCUGCUGUAGGGGCGGACGAAAUCGCGGCGAAGAUUGACCCCUUCCGGACGGGAGAGCAAGCGAUGGGCCCGUUCUUGUGUGCCAUGGCGGAGCGAUUGAGCAAUGGCGGCGCCCAGCGCAAGCCGAAGAUCGCCAAGGGAGCCAGGGACUUCUUGCCCGAGCAGAUGCGCGUUCGAGAGCAAGCCUUUACAGCGAUCCGUAACGUGUUCAAGCGUCACGGGGCGGUGGAAAUCGACACGCCCGUGUUCGAGCUCAAGGAGACGCUUACAGGGAAGUACGGCGAGGACUCUAAGCUCAUCUACGACCUGGCGGAUCAGGGUGGCGAGCUCUUGGCCUUGCGCUACGACCUGACCGUGCCUUUCGCGAGGUACCUCGCUCUGCACGGUGUCGGUAACAUCAAGCGAUUCCACAUUGCCAAGGUGUACCGGCGAGAUCAGCCCAACGUACAGCUCGGCCGUUUCCGCGAGUUCUACCAGUGCGAUUUCGAUAUCGCCGGCAACUACGGGCUCAUGGUGCCGGACGCGGAGGUGCUCAGCGUGGCGUGUGAGAUCCUGAGCUCGCUUCCUAUCGGAAACUUCCAGAUCAAGCUCAACCACCGCAGGUUGCUGGACGCUAUCCUUGACAUCUGUGGCUGCCCUCCCGAGAAGUUCCGCAGCAUCUGUUCGGCCAUCGACAAGCUCGACAAGAUGGACUGGGCCGAGGUCCGACAGGAGAUGGUGGAAGAGAAGGGGCUGGCGCCGGAUUCUGCAGACAAGAUCGGCGGGUUCGUCAACGGAAACGCCGGCGGCGCCAAGGAGCUGUGGGCGAAGCUCACAGAGGAGAAGAAGUUCGGCGACCACCCCGAUGCGGUGGCUGCCAUGUCUGAGCUGGAGCUCCUCUUCAAGUACCUGGAUGCCAUGGGCACUCUUCAGUACGUUUCCUUCGAUCUGAGUCUGGCACGGGGGCUGACGUACUACACGGGCUUGAUCUACGAGUGCGUCGUGGUUGACGGCGGCAUCAGGGUGGGGUCGAUCGCGGCAGGAGGGCGCUACGACAACCUCGUGGGAAUGUUCUCGGCUUCGGGACAAACGCCUUGCGUCGGGGUGUCUAUCGGCAUCGAGCGCGUGCUGACUAUCAUGGAGAAGCGGCUCCAGGAAGAGAGGGGGGACAAGGGGGCGCCGUCGAAUGUGCAGGUACGGUCGUCGUCGGUGGCUGACGUUGUUUGUGCUGUCUGCGUUAUAUGGUCGAUGGAGUUCUUGGUGCUUCUUGCUUCUUGCUUCUUGCUGAGGCCAAUAUAGCGGCGAUGGAGGGGACUUCUCGGCAACAUCGCUAUAGUACAGCAGCAACGCAAGCAGCAGGUAGCCAGCAGAUCGCGACGAGGUGAUUCACGUCAAACCAGCUCCGAAGACGGUGUGGA